AUGCCUUGCGGUACUGCGAAGGACGGUGCGAAAGCACCUGCCAAUGCUGCUGCCCGAAAGGCACACGCCAAGAGCUCUAAGCGUCAUAGCAAAGGAUCGGCACUCAAGGAGGCUACUAAGGUAGCCUCUGAGGCAGUUGAUGCCUCGGGUGACUCGGCUGCGAGCAAGCGGCGAAGCUCACGCCGCAGUCGGUCGCCGUCAAUGUCCCCAGAAGACCGUCCGAACCCACGAUUCGCGUGCCGUGAGCACAGUCCUGAUUCUGAAAACGAGGACAAGGCCCGGAGCUUCCGCAGUGUGUCUGGGAGCUCCGUAGAAUGGCACACUGCAGUGCCAAGCGAGCACAGCGUUGACAGCCUGUACUCACUCGUUAGUGAUCACGUUGAUCACGAGUCUAAGACGCCUGAGCGCUCUGAGAGCCCUGCCGACGAGGCGAAGGGCUCGCCCAAUGCUGGCAGCGACGAGGGAGGCAAAUCUUUGAAGAAUUUCUUGCUCGCCGUGGGUCUUGAGCGUGCUCAGGAUGCCAAAGCCGUAGUGACGGAGGCCCAGCACUCAAAGAAGCGUAUGGCUUCUAGAUCUCCACUCCGCGAGGGGAGGAGGACUCGUCCGUAUUCGAUAUUCGACUUCUCGGACGAAGAGGAAGAGGGUGCCAUCUACGAGCCCCGGGAGAUCACAAAUGAUUUCGACCGGCAGCAGGAAUUGACAGUCGUGCGCUCGUUGUUGAGACUUCAGGAAAAACACCCGAAAGCGCCUAAAAAGGUCUCGUGGAUGAAUUAUGUCGGCACUCGCGUUCAGCUUGUACAUCGCUUUGCACAAUGGCGUUCCCAUGAGAAACUCUAA